CUGGCUCGCCACAAUCAACAGCCAUGGACACUAUGGCACUGGGGCUUUUGGCUGCUGCGGAGAAGUAUUUGCUGGAUCAAUUGAAAACUCGUUGUGAAUCUCAUCUGAUUCGCAAGAUGUCAGCCAAGAACUGCCUGGAUUUGCUGACCCUCACCACCCACCAUCCAGCGGAGCACCUGAAGAAAUUUGCCAUCGAAUACUUCCGCAGUUAUCCAAAUAAAGUCAUGGCAACGGACAACUGGAAAAAGAUGAAGAAAGAUAAUCCGGCGUUGUUGUGCGACUUGCAGCAAAUGGUUCUCACUGUCUAGAAAGGCCUCAUUCAUUCAAUACUGUUUUGUCAGUCUAUUUCCUUUCUGUUACCUUUUUUAACAUGGAGUUAUUCCCGUUGGAGAAAGUCAGCUUUCAUUUUCAGUUAUUUUCUUGCUAAGAACAACUAAAACACGCAUAUUUUGCUGUUUGUUUCAUGUGGUAUUGACACGACAAUUUUUUUUUGUUUUCAAUA